UGCAAUCAAUAGCAGAAAAAAAUAACACUCUAAGUGUAUGCCUACAGAAUGUUCUUCAUACAGAAUCCAAAGCAGUUAAUCUUUUCAACAUGGGAAUUCCGAUACUUGUGUGUCUGAAUGUUUUGUGCUGGCUGCUGUUGCCCUCAGUCAAGGAGGGUUCUUUUGCUGCUGCAUCUUUGGAUCUGUCGCAUGGUAAUUCUACCUCUUCCCACGGUCCUGGCCCAUUGGAUGACACUGGAUCAGGGAGAGAUGAAAGGCUUCAUAUCUUCACAGUUGAUUUCCAAUAUGUGCAAAUCCCUUAUGAAGUUACCCUUUGGAUACUCUUGGCUUCCCUUGCAAAAAUAGGUUUCCACCUGUACCAUCGACUGCCCCACUUCAUGCCAGAGAGCUGCAUCCUCAUUGCGAUAGGUGCCUUGGUUGGUGGGAUUAUUUUUGGCACUGAUCACAAAUCCCCGCCGGUCAUGACUACAAACAUUUACUUCCUGUACCUCCUCCCACCCAUUAUCCUGGAGGGAGGGUAUUUUAUGCCUACCCGUCCCUUCUUUGAAAAUUUUGGAUCCAUCCUUUGGUGGUCCGCUAUGGGAUCCCUCAUAAAUGCCUUUGGGAUUGGAUUCUCAAUUUACGGGAUUUGCCAGAUUGCAGCGUUCGGCCUCCAAGACGUGAACUUGCUUGAUAGCCUGCUGUUUGGCAGCAUGAUCUCAGCUGUGGAUCCAGCAGCAGUCUUGGCCGUGUUUGAAGAGAUGUCCGUCAAUGAACAGCUUUAUAUGAUGAUAUUUGGGGAAUCAUUGUUAAAUGAUGGGAUAACUGUGGUCUUAUACAACAUCUUCAUUAGUUUUACUCAGAUGCACCAAUAUGAAGACAUCGAGCCAAUUGACAUCUUGGCUGGAUUUGCACGCUUCUUCGUGGUGGGUCUUGGUGGGCUGCUGUUUGGCAUCGUCUUUGGGCUCGUAGCAGCAUUCGCAACCCGAUUCACACAGAACGUUUCUGCGAUUGAACCACUCCUUGUUUUCAUGUUCAGCUAUUUGUCAUACUUAGCUGCAGAGACCAUUUACGUUUCCGGCAUCUUGGCGAUAACUGCAUGUGCAGUGACGAUGAAAAAAUAUGUGGAGGAGAAUGUGUCCCCAAAUUCCUAUACAACGAUAAAGUACUUCAUGAAGAUGCUAAGCAGCAUUAGCGAGACGUUAAUAUUUGUGUUCAUGGGUGUGUCCACAGUUGGACGGAACCACGAAUGGAACUGGGCCUUUGUUUGCUUCACGCUGGUCUUCUGUAUGCUUUGGAGAGCCCUAAGUGUGCUUUUUCUGUUUUGCAUCAGCAACAAGUUCCGGACUUACCGAUUCACUCUUAAAGACCAGCUUAUCAUCAUCUACAGUGGUGUACGAGGAGCCAGCAGUUUCUCACUUGCAUUUUUGCUCCCUGUAGUAUUCUUCCCUAGAAAGAAAAUGUUUAUUACUUCUACUAUUGUAGUUAUAUAUUUUACAGUCUUUAUCCAGGGAAUUACCAUCAGACCACUGGUAAAAUACCUUGGGGUUAAGAAGACCAAUAAGAAAGAGUCCAUCAAUGAAGAAAUUCAUGUGCGACUGAUGGACCAUUUCUGUGCUGGAAUUGAAGAUAUAUGCGGACAUUGGAGCCAUUACCAACUGAGAGAUAAAUUUAAGAAGUUUGACAACAGAUUCCUGAAGAAGAUCCUAAUACGCAAGCACCAGCCUAAAUCUAGCCUUGUUUCCUUAUAUAAGAAAAUGGAACUAAAGCAAGUCAUCGAGAUGGUAGAGAGUGGGGUGAUGAAGCCAACUCCUUCUCAAACACCUGCUCUGAUAUAUACAAAUCAAAGGACACAAAGACUUUUCCCCGAAGAGGCGGAGUCCAUGCGGAAUAUGCUGGCACAUAAUCUGUAUCAAGUGAGGCAAAGGACCCUAUCAUACAACAGGCACAGCCUUGCUGACAAUGCAAAUCAAGAGCAAGCUAAAGAAAUCUUCAUUCGGCGCCAGCACAGUCAGAGACAGGCCAUCAAGAAAGGACACAGCCUACCCUGGGGAGGGCAGGCUGCUCUCAGAAACAUGCGUUAUUUGUCUCUCCCUUUUGGCAACCCUCAAUCAGGUAGAAGGGAAGGCAGGAAUGAUGACUUAACAGGUGACUACAGCAGUGAUUCCGAGUCUGUUUUUAGUAUGCCCAGUUCACGACCUCGGUCAGGUUUACAUCAAAAAAACCGGCAACAGCAGGAAAUAUUUCCCAUGAAACAGCUACACUCAAGAGCUGGACCAGCAGGCCUUAAAGGUCAGGGGAGAAGAGCAAAUGCGUUGGCUAAAAUAUGUGUAGUAGAAAAACCACUGUUACCCCUAAAGCCUCAAAUUAAUGCAGUGCUCGAAAAUGAUAUUCAAGAAAAUGAGUCUGAAGAUGAAACAGACAGACCAGCACUCCCUUCAACACCCUCUGUCCAUUGGACAGCAGACACCAGAAAUGAAAGACACUUCCCUUCAACACCCUCUGUCCAUUGGACAGCAGACACCAGAAAUGAAAGACACUUCCCUUCAACGCCCUCCGUCCAUUGGACAGCAGACACCAGAAAUGAAAGACACUUCAGUGCAGCAAAAAGAUACUUCCAUGGAAGAAAAGAGUGAUUAUUUCCCCCCUUCCACAGAACAGAUUGUAGUUUUCAUUCUAUCAGAAAAUUUUGAAGAUUUCCUGAUUCCAGUUUAGCUGAUUUUUUAAAUUUUAUUAUUUGAUUUCUAACCCGCCCUCCCCACAAGUGGGCUCAGGGCAGGUUACAUCAAGCGAAGAUACAAUUUAAAACCACAAUGAGGUCAUCAGAAUUUAAAACCAACAAUAAACAUCAGGGCUUUAUAGGUCAAAGCCAAAACCUUGAGGUAUCCAGUAUCACCACAAGGCUCCUGACUGCUGGAAUGGGCACAAGUGGCACCUCAUCAAAGGUUGGAAGCCGGAUCCCCAAACCCAAGGGCCCACAAUCCAAGUACAGGAUCUCCAUCUUCAUGAGAUUUAGCUUCAGCCAACUCCGUUUCACCCAUCCAGACAUGGCCUCCAAGGCUCUAAUCAGUACCUCCGGGGACAAGUCCAGCCAGCUGUCUACCAACAGAUCCAACUGGGGAAAUGAUGUGAAAUAUUUACACAAUUAGCUAUUGUGGGGAAAUUAAAAUGCUUGUUACCUGAUUGCCAGCAAUGGCAAAUUGUUUGUGCUUUGUCUAAUUAUGAAGAAGUCCCACCUAUUUAAUGGAAUCUAACAAUAGAUUUAUACUUUCAGUCUUCCAGCUUUAAACUGAGCUUUUUCCUGGUAAAUGCCAGAGGGGACAGAAAAAGUCAGGUGGGAGGUGUUGUGUUUAGCAGCAACAGCAGCCAGUGGGAGUUCCAAAGAGUUCCAAGAACUCUUUGGAAGAUCCAGGGAUAGACUGAUGUACUCAAAUAACAAAACACAUUCCAAUUUGACAUUGGGUGUAGCUCUCUUGAGAUGAAGAAGUAGUACAGGCUCUUGCCUAAAGGCUUUGUGUAUAUUGCAAGAACUCUAUACUACAAAACUUCUUUACAGCUGGUUGAAUAUUGCUGGAAUAGACCACUCUGCCAUAUUGUUGACUGCUGAAAAAUUCAGGAAGAGAUAGUGGAUGAUACAAACUCUCAGUAAAAUAGAGUUUUAAAGAUGUCAUUGUAUUCCUGUGGUCUGACUUCAUGUGAAAUUAUAAAUUCAAUGCAAUGUUCUGAUCCAGAAAGAGUUGCUUAGCCCUAUGUCUUCAGUGGCAUCUCUCACAUGCCUACGUGUACUGAUUUGCUCAUCUAGAUAAUUGCUUUGACUUCUUUGGUUCUUCUCCACCAUUUGGUUACAUAUAGAGGCACUGAUCACAUAGUGGAAAAAACCUUAAACCUUAAUUGGUUUCAAGUACAAUGGAAGUAGGUGUUCCAUGACAAGUGCUACAUGUCUGCAGUAUUGGGCAAAUGUCGAAAGGCCAGUAAGGGAUGUGCUGUGGGAUCUAUCUGAUAACCCAGAUGAGCUUUACUGCCUCCUCCUACAUCUUCCACUUACAUAAAUAUAUUUGUGGAAUAGUUCAUUGGUGUUUUGUAAUAGGUCUUUCUUUUAAAUAAAGCACCACUUGCAUUUUCUGCAUUCUGAAAAGAGGCCUGGAAAAUAGAUAUCCAUCCCUGCACAUUUUUUAAAGCAUGGUGAGACAAGAAAAAAAAGAAUCUUGCCUCUCAUCCACAGAUGUUUAGAGUGCAAACAGUUCAAUAGACAGGAAGGAGCGAGGCAAAGAAAAGUACGCAGACAGUAUCGAGCAACCACAACGUCUGCCUGGAGUGAUAUGUUAAACACAAUUAAAGGAUCCAGAGAUGAAGCUGUAAAAUUGAACCACUGCCUAAUAGAAAUCAUGGAAAGUAACCCCUGAUUAAAUAGUAACUGACAGUCAAGCUCUGCAAUAUAGAUGCAGUUCUAAAGUGGAAGAGUAAAUUGCACUGUCUAGAAUUGUCAUAUUAUAUACCAUACGCUGAAGACAAUCAAGUAGCAAAGAUAAGAUUUAGAAUACAACAGAAACAAAAUAUAUCUGAUAGUGGUUUCUUCAAACCAUUCUUCUAGCUUGUGCCUGUAAAGGAAACAGCCUCAUGGAGGGGGCAGGCUGGGGCAGACUUUCUAGUACCAGAAUUUGUCAUGGUGAACAAUAGGAAUCAUAGAGUUGGAAGGGGUCUUACAGACCAUUUAGUCCAAACCCCUGCCCAAUGCAGGAACAGCCUAAAGCAUCCCCUACAAAUAUUUGUCCAGUUGUUCCUUAAAGACUGCCAAUGAGGGGGAACCCACCACAUCCCUAGGCAAUUUAGGUACUUUGUAAGAGGGAUACUAGAGAUAACACCUUUACAUUUCCUGUUGCAUCGGGGUAGAAAGCACCAAUAGCUCCUUCUACCUAUUACUUUUCUGGGUUUAUUGUGAGGCAGUGCUAAAUGAGUGAACAGGAGAUAGGCAGAAAAACCAACUCUAAUGCAGACAUGGCGAGGUGACAUCAGUCUGAACUUUGGCAGUGGCUAUGAAUAUGGAAUACUCUUUAUUUCAUAAGGCAGGAAAUAAGAAAAAGGUAUGUGUUUAUAACAGCUGCACUGAAUCUGUAGAGUUGCUGUAAAAAAAACCAAGGGAUUAUCUUGCCUAUACACAGUAGGGAGGGUGGGGGGAAGAAUGUUAGUAUUGAUUUGGAAAGGAAACCAGAUUGGCAGAUUCCCAAUCUAAAUUGAAAUAUAAUUUUUGAAAGAACACUUAGUUCCAUUAUCAGCUGUUAUCCUAAAUUGCACUGCAAUUACCCUGAUUUGCAAAAGCCUGAAAGCUGGUGUUUUUUUUACAGCUUUUAAGAAUAGGCAGUUGUGAAAGAGUAUUAGCUACUAGGUUACAUUGUUUCUUGAUCUAGAGGUUCAGGGGAGGCCUUGGUUAACCUGAUGGAUACUGAGCUAAGUAGUGCACACUGGAAAUCCUCUGUUAGGCCUUACUCUGUGUCAGGCAGCUGUCAAUUUCUCCAAACCUAAGACCACAUUUAACUCCAACCUGAACUUUAUUUUUUUUAAUCAAAAAUCUCACAAUUUCCUCUAUACACCUAGAUCUGUCUUCUCCCUUUUUUCAUCUCUUUUCAUUUCUCUCCCUCUUUUGUCUCCUCCCUUUGCCCUGUGUAGAAUGUAGUUGUGUUCACAUAGUCCACACAGAGACGAAGCUGAUAUUUGUGGCUCUUGUGACUGAUCAACUGCAAACUGACUAUAUGACUAGCAUAAUAAUUAAACCUGCCAGAGCAUGGAUUAAAUUUGAACCCAAAGUGCAAGAAUGAAACGUUUGUUAUGGCUUUGUGUUUGAUUUCAAGCUGGUUUCUCAGGGGUCAUCCACAAGUACUGAAUUAUCCCUAAGAUACCCAUAGCACGUAACAGACUGAAAUCUACUGCAUUACUCAUUUUUCUUUCCCAUCAAGUCAAGUGUUCUAGUAAGUCACUUCUUGUUUUGUGUAUGAAACUCAAUUUGAUAAAGUCACAGAAGUCUGGUACACAGAACUCUUUCUUGUGUGGUUUUCCUGGCAUAUAGGCAAAAGUAGUAGCACUGCCAUGUUAGCAAACAAAAAGUAUGGGGUUCAUGCACAUGCAACUCUGCCAAAGGCUUGCAAUGAGCCUUACCAGCCAUUGAAAUUAUUAGUUCUAGGGCCUGGAUGGGACCUGGAAGUACACCUUAGGGAGUAGGGUCCAGAGAGUUUUAAGGAUGGAGCCAGAAGCCAAAGCACCAUCUGGUGGGUCUUGGCAUGUCCAUGGACACAUCCUGCAGCUUUUGUGUGGGAUCUGAGGACACAGCCAAUAGCAGAACUCUGAACCACUCCUAGUGAUUUAGACCUCAUGCAAAUUCCCAGAGAUUGUCAGCCAAUUGGAGUCCCUGGAACUCCACUGAGCCAGUCUCAGAGCGGGACCACAAGUGACGCCUGACACAGGUUGGACACGUGCCAGCUUCCCUCAAGUUUUGAUGGGAAAUGUAGGCAGCUUGGUGGAAUAUUGGACAAGUGACAGUUGAAAAGUCCAUUGGACAGCAGUCAGA